AUGGUCACAUUUGCUGCCGGUGCAACUGGAGUUGAUCAAAACGCAAGCCACACAGAGACACGUGUCUCGUUCUCUGCCUUCGUCACAUCUGGCAAUACAUCCUCCGCCUAUAUCGAGGCGACGCGCCUGACCAAAGAUGCAAUUACAAAAAUGACGAAGCUAAACAAGGCCCGUGUGGGUAAUCCCUCCCUCAACAACUACAUGACAAAGCCCGGAAUCCAGAUACCCAAGCGUCAUGCUGAACUGGCACCACCCCUGCUCACCAUCACCAAUGACCUAGCCAGAGCCGCGGCCUUGCUCGCCGAACUUGAUGCAAAACACUUACCAACAAACCAUUCCUCUCCACUUGGGAAAAGAGGGGGAUCAUCCUGGCUGGGAAUCCUGCACCACGAGGGCUCCGUCCCAUGGGGCAAUGACAGCUCUUACAAAGUCUUUCGAAAUGUUCAAGAUUACGAAGCCGAUACUACUGGAGCCAGGGACUCGACCAAGGCAAUCCAGCAGGCCAUCGACGACGGCAAAAGUUGCGGUGCCGGUUGCAACGGAGCAACAACCAAGAAUGCCAUGGUGCAUUUCCCGCCAGGUAGAUACCUAGUAUCGAGCUCUAUUGCAGUGUACUUCAGCACUCAGAUGAUCGGCGACGCCAUCCAGCCGCCGACAAUUGUUGCGGCACGAAGCUUCGUCGGCCUAGGGGUCCUAUCAACCGACAUCUGCGUCGACAACGGCGGCGCAGGUCCAGACGGGAAUUUCCAAAUGGGGCCAGGAUUGUUGAUGAAACCUGGUCUCAAUUCACUGCCAACAGUGGCAAGUUCUCGGACGCGAAGAAGCCCGCUGCGAUGCUCAAGUGGCAAAGGCCCGACACCUGAUGUCGUCUUGAUGGAAUGGAACAUUCAGGCAAUGGGGAUUGUCCAUAUUCGUCUUGGAGGAGCAGUCGGGACGGAGCUCACACCGGCCCGAGUCUUUCGAAAUGUUCAAGAUUACGAAGCCGAUACUACUGGAGCCAGGGACUCGACCAAGGCAAUCCAGCAGGCCAUCGACGACGGCAAAAGUUGCGGUGCCGGUUGCAACGGAGCAACAACCAAGAAUGCCAUGGUGCAUUUCCCGCCAGAUGAUCGGCGACGCCAUCCAGCCGCCGACAAUUGUUGCGGCACGAAGCUUCGUCGGCCUAGGGGUCCUAUCAACCGACAUCUGCGUCGACAACGGCGGCGCAGGUCCAGACGGGAAUUUCCAAAUGGGGCCAGGAUUGUUGAUGAAACCUGGUCUCAAUUCACUGCCAACAGUGGCAAGUUCUCGGACGCGAAGAAGCCCGCUGCGAUGCUCAAGGUGGGCAAUGCCGGAGACGUCGGCACAGUAGAGAUGCAGGACCUGAUUUGA